AUGAUAAAGACGCCGCAGCCGGAUGACCACAACCAGGUUUGCGUCGCUCAGGCCGAUGACAGAAACGGUCUCUGUCUCUUCCCCACCCCUUCAAUCUGUCAAGAACGGGACAUGCAAAAAGCUCUGCAAGAAGAUGACCGAGAGGCCUCAGAAGGCAGUUGGUACCGAGAUCUCCUUAGGAGGCGGUCCUUUAGUCAGCAGCUGUUUCCAACCCCACUGAUAUCCCCGGAGUCAGAAACAUCUACAGGGCCUUCAGUGGGCUCCAAAUGUUCCCAGAAUGCAUCCCUGAGACCUCUAGGGAACAGCCAUGAUCAGACCUCAAGGUUACGGCAGCUGUCAUUGGUUACUUCUUCCAGUCCUUGUGACACCACCACCAAUGGCAGUAGCAAGACAUGUAGCAGCCAUUUACCAAAACAAGUCUUCCCUUGGAUGAAGGAAACAAGACACAGCACCAAGCAGAAGAGCAACCUUCCUUUUUCAGACAGCAGCUCUCCAUCAAGUUUCUCCUCUUCCAAGAGAGUUCGCACAGCCUACACCCAAGCGCAGCUGGUGGAGCUGGAAAAAGAGUUUCAUUUUAACAGGUACCUCUGCCGGCCCCGCAGACUGGAAAUGGCACAGCUUUUGAGGCUCUCUGAGAGGCAAAUCAAGAUCUGGUUUCAGAACAGACGAAUGAAGUACAAGAAAGACAGCAGAGUCAAGGGCACCAUCUUGACAUCCCUCAAUAACAGCCCUCAAGUGGGUGACUAUUAUGGGCACGUGGAGGGUGACUACGAGGUGGCCCCAUCAAGUUCAUGCAGCAAAUCCUUGGGAGAGCUCUGCAGUUCAACAGGGUACACAAAUCCUCUCUGUAACAGCCCCUUGACUUCGCUCUCUAUGGACUAUGGCCCUUUCUCUGGACCGGGAGAAAGUCAUCCUUAUGGACCUCUAGUUCUUCAAGGGAGUCCAAGUGUGAUGGGAGAAAAUUACCUGGGAAAUGUGCCCAGGGCUGACUCUUUCUUUAGCUACCCUGACUCCUCUUCUGGAAACCUGGAGUACAGCUGUGCUGCUGAAAUCCCCAGCCAUCCCCAGCUUGGGCCAUUCAACUCACAUCCCAUUUACACAGAUUUAACCACACAUCCUGUGCCUCAGGGAGAUUCUCAGGGACCUGUAAAUCUUAUGCAUCUGUGA